GUUUGAUUACAAUUAGUUUCGGAGAAAUAAUUUACUAAAUUUCAUAGUAUCACCAUAUGGAUAGUUAGGGUCACUUGUUAGAAGUAACCAAGAAUUUAGCACUCAAUGAGUAGCAGUAGAUCAAUCCUUUCCGUCAGAGAUGCUUCGGGAAACAACUUGAACUCAUAUCAAAAAGACAGGCAACUUUUAGUGAGGUCGUUGGCGAAUGAACGCUGUAAGAAGUUGCCACCAGCAGAGAAGUACGUUCCCUGUUCUAGGUUCAAAAAGAUCCUUCAUGAUUCCUGUAUCCCAUUUAAACAUCCGGAGAUUGUCAAAACCAAAUGUCCCGUAUGUGAUGGGCCGAUGAAGGUCAAGAUAUUUCCAAGCAAUAAAGGAAAUAAGAAAAUUAUAGUAGAAGAAGUGUGGCGGGGCAAGGGACAACCCGAGAAUCCCCAGAUCCAACAAGUUUUUGAUAACUGGCUGUACAGCAACAGUGACCAUUGCCGGCAGAGGCAGGAGGAAACGAAAGAAACUAAAUCCCAUCAGCCCCACCAUUAUUACCAUCACAACCUCGUGAAAAAGAAAAAAGAAUCUCAAGUUGAAUCUGAGAAGUUUACCUUUUGUGCCGGGUGCCCAGAUCGUUACAGAAAUUGGGUACGCAGGGAUCAUCCAGAUCAUUACAUUGAGCCGAUGCUGAUGCUAAUAAGAAAGUCGAACGUUGAAGACCAAGAACUAGGGACUUUGGAGCAGAGAGAUAUCGCAAUGUCUACAAAAAACUUAAAGGCCGCUCUCAAUUCCAUUUUAACGUCAGACUCAAUGCCGCCAAAGAUUACAUUAGCUCUACAUGAAGAUGGCUCAUUUUUAGAUGGUUUAAGAGGAAGUCUCUGCUGUUAAUAAAAAUCUAUGCUAGUGGUUUUG